AUGAAAGUUCAUGUGUUCGGCGCUGUGUCCUCACCAUCAUGUGCCAAUUACGCAUUGAAAAGAGCGGCAGUGGACCAAGCAGACAGAUUCCCUGAAGAAGUUGUAAGAACAGUACAUCAGAAUUUUUACGUAGAUGACUGCCUGUGUUCUACAUCCAGUGUAGAAGAAGCCGUUCAGCUGAUGUCUGACCUAAUAGAAGUAUGCCGAGGUGGAGGAUUCCAUUUGACUAAGUGGAUUUGUAACCAACAAGAAGUGCUGAAAUCGGUCCCAUCAAGGGAAAGAGCAAAGAGCAUCAGAGGGCUGGAUCUGGAUAUUAAGAAUAAUGUGACAGAAAGAGCUCUUGGAAUUGAGUGGUCCACUGAUGACGACACCAUAGGUGUGAAGGUCGACCUGAAGGAUAGGCCUUGCACAAGAAGAGGCAUUUUAUCCACAGUUAGCUCGAUAUACGAUCCUAUAGGAUGUGUGUCUCCAGUGAUAUUGCCAGCAAAGCAGUUGCUCCAAGUACUGUGCCGAUCUCAGCUAGGUUGGGACGAAGAGAUCCCAUUAGACAUAUCUAAGAAGUGGCAGAAGUGGAAGGCGGAGCUACUCAUGCUCUCGCAAUUUAAGAUGCCUAGAUGCCUUAAGCCUAGCAGGUUUGAUGCAGAAGCAGUGACUUUACACCAUUUUUGUGAUGCUAGUGAGAAAGGGUACGGGACAGUCUCCUAUCUAAGAUGGCAAAAGGAAGACGAGAUUCAGAUGAGCUUGGUAACAAGCAAAGCAAGGGUAGCACCAUUGAAGGAAGUCUCUAUCCCAAGAAUGGAACUCGCAGCAGCGACUCUAGCAGUCAGGAUUAAUCAUAUGAUCAGGGAAGAGCUAGAAUUUCCCAUAGACCAAACAUAUUUCUGGACAGAUAGUAUGUCAGUCUUAGGAUAUGUAACCAAUCAAACAGCCAGAUUUAAGACAUUCGUCGCUAACAGAGUGGCAGUAAUAAGGGACAGAUCAGAACCACGUCAAUGGCGUUAUGUGGAGUCAUCAAUGAAUCCCGCCGACAGCUGUUCAAGAGGAGUCGAGGUUAGCAAGUUCCUUCAAUGGAAAGCCUGUAAGGAUGGACCAGAAUUCCUGAAGAAUCCAGACAAUGAAUGGAUGAACAAGUGUGAAGUGUUACCCGAUGACAUUACAGUGGAGCUGGAAGUUAAAGGAAAAUGCUUAGCAACAGAAGCAAACCAAGAGAACUGGUGA